ACUGGUCAUGGUCUCAUGGAACUUAAAAGUGGAAUUUGUACAUCCAUGGUCACACACAAGCUGCUUAACCCUACCGCUUGGCCAAGGAUCUUAGAUUGCCUUGUCGUGAAGAACAGUGGCAGUGCCCCCAAAUAUGACACGUUGGCAGCAUGCACCUCUACGUGGCACCCCAGCACAUUAGACUUCGGGGACAUAACUCAUCCUUACCAAUACAAACCUAUCUCUUCAUCAUAACAAUCACCAACACCUAGUUAAGUUCUAAUUCAACCUCUAUAUAUUCUCACACCAUAAACUCAACUAGCACAGCACCACAUAAUCUCCCUGCCUCUCAUUCUUCAAAAAUGGCGAGCAAGGAUGUUAAGUUCCCUCCUCAGAGCCAGGACACUCGAUUCCUCAAGCCAUAAGUCCAGACUACAAGCCCUCCAACAAGCUCCGGGGUAAGGUGGCUUUGGUGACAGGAGGUGAUUCUGGGAUAGGCAGAGCAGUGUGUGUGUGUUUUGCAAAAGAGGGUGCAACCGUUGCAUUUACAUACGUUAAGGGCCACGAGGACAAGGACAAGGAUGACACACUUAAGAUGCUGCUAGAAUCCAAGACAAGUGAUGCACAAGAUCCUUUGGCAAUAGCUGCGGAUAUUGGAUUUGAUGAGAACUGCAAGCAGGUUGUUGAUUAUGUUGUCCAAGAAUAUGGACGCAUUGAUAUUCUAGUUAACAAUGCGGCCGAGCAGCACUUGACUAAAUCGGUCGAGGAAAUCACCCAAGAUCAACUAGAAAGAGUCUUCAAGACCAAUAUGUUUUCGCAGUUCUACUUGGUCAGGCAUGCACUGAAUCACAUGAAAGAAGGGAGUUCCAUUAUCAACUCAACCUCAGUUAAUGCCUACAGUGGAAGUCCUCAAGCACUGGACUAUACCGCAACGAAGGGAGCCAUUGUGGCCUUCACAAGAGGGCUUGCUCAGAUGCUGGUGAGUAAGGGGAUUCGGGUGAAUGCGGUGGCGCCAGGUCCGGUUUGGACGCCAAUACAACCAGCUUCCAUGCCUGCCGAGAUGAUUCAGAGUUUAGGGUCAGAGGUGCCAAUGAAGCGAGCAGCUCAACCAUCGGAGAUUGCACCCUGUUAUUUGUUCUUGGCAUCCCUUCAGGACUCUUCUUAUUUUAGUGGCCAAGUUCUCCAUCCAAAUGGUGGAGUGAUCGUCAAUGCUUAGUACUGUUAUAUAUAUACAUAUUUAUAUGGUUAGGCCCUGUGAAUAUGCAGCACUAUCAAAGGAGAUACUUAUUUAGAUAUAUGUCUGUGGGUGCGGGGUUGAAAAUAGAGUUUAGCGUAUUUCGAUAUGAAUAAAGUUUGUGUACCGGUUGUGUAAGAUAUUAUGAGAACGACAAUGCCAAUGUUUUCUCUAUUUCAGAAAUAGUAAUAAUGGGUACAUGUUACUUUCA